GGAAGUCUUCCCAGCAGCCGCCAGCCAACUCCAACCCACGAACCGAGGAACGCCUGCACACGAUUCUAUGAGCAAUGAAGUGGCGCAGAUAAGAGCUCUGUUAUCCAUAGGCUCCGAAGCUCUUGUGGCGUGGCUAUGACGCAUUGGAUUUGGCUCGAAGAACCCCAGGUAUUGAGCACGGAGCAGAUCGGCUUCCGUUCGACGCACGUUGGGGAGGCCUGGCGCCCCAUCCGUGACUUCAGUGCUUCGGUUUCCCAGCGCCCGUCGAGGCUGGCCGAGCGCAAAGGCUAUUCAACAUCCGGGUCAACGGUCUCUUGGCGGUGGCUGCACGCCGCAGUCAGCACGGCUAAAGAGGACGUCAUUUCAAUGCUUCAGACGAGAGGACGAUUCGACGACAGCUCGAGACGGAACACGAGGGAUUUUCGGGUCCCGCCUCCCAAUAACAAAAUCCGCGCAGGAGCAUGUCUGAUGUCUCGCCAACGCGAAGCUUCGGAGGGAGGUCACUGCCACGCACUCACCCUGCUACCACAGACGCGGCAUCGGAUGGGAUGGGAUGGUUUUAGAAAUACUGUACUGUGUCGUGUUACGGAUCCGUACACCGCCCCACUCGGGACACGAACUGCUCACUCGCUGAGAGCCCGGGCGUGGGGAUGCUACACGACUGCGAUCGCUGCACACGGCCUCAUGCCCUUGCAUGACCAUUCGCGCCAUCCAAUGGCCAAAGGACGACGCCAGGCCGUAUCCUUGUUCCCGCACCUGCCUCAACCGGGCCCGGCCCAUGUUAUGUUCAUUCAUUAUUCAAGGAUGGCAUGAUUCCAAUGAUGGCCAGAGGCCGACUGAGCUCCAGAUAACGGAUAAGCCAGCAGAGCUUCUGAAAAGUUAAAAGCUCCCUCGCCCUGCUCCAAAGGUUUUGGAGCUUGAUUGAUUGCUCUUGCAGGAAAGUCGUCUGUCUCGUUUAUUCCUCCGUCCAGAAUCUCCUCGAUCUCGGGCAGCUGUUCGUUCGCGCUUCCUAGAGGCUGGGCAACAAAUCGACACUUCUGAGAGAGUAAUUGGAUUUAAAUCGACAACUUUUCGGUUUUUGCUGGCUAUCCCUCGUCAUGGCGGCCAAUUUCACCACGCCCUGGUUGGACACCGGUGACAAUGCGUGGCAGUUGACGGCAGCUUCGCUUGUCGCGCUGCAAAGUGUGCCGGGCCUCGUCGUCCUGUAAGUAACCAAAAACCCUGACUU